GCGGUGACAGGCGUGCACUGGACAGACAAGCAGCACACACUACAAGGGCUGCACAGAGACCUCACACCACUACCUCUUAACUUUAUCAGACAAUACACACAGAACUAUGGUACUGCCAGCGGGCAACUCAGCAGACACCUCUGCUCUUCUGACAUAAGAUAUCAGACAAGGCAGCAGCUAUAGAUCAGUUGUCGAAGACUGUACUUAACGUUAGUGUGACUGUCAGAUACAGUGAACUAGAGAGCAGCCAUGGACACCGUCCACGCCUAUGGGGUUAGCACCACACGAUACCUCCAGACUCACUACAGGGACACUCAGAGCUGGUUCCUGUUUGUUUCCAUGGCAGCUGACCUGCGGAACACCUUCUUUGUCUUCUUCCCUGUGUGUUUCCACCUGCGGGAAUCAGUGGGGGUCAAGCUGGUCUGGGUGGCUGUGGUGGGAGACUGGCUCAACCUUAUCUUCAAAUGGAUCCUGUUUGGCGAGCGUCCCUAUUGGUGGGUUCAAGAGACUCCUUACUAUGCCAACUCAUCAGCGCCACAAAUUGAGCAGUUCCCUAUGACCUGUGAGACUAGUCCAGGAAGUCCGUCGGGUCAUGCCAUGAGUGCUGCAGGGGUUUACUACGCUAUUAUCUCAUCACUCCUCGCCAUCCUCCUCAAGGAACAUGGGGGUCACAUCAAGAACUGGUGUGUCCGCGGGACCCUGUGGGCUGUCUUCUGGUGUGUGCAGGUGUGUGUCUGCCUCUCCAGGGUUUUCAUUGCUGCCCACUUCCCUCACCAGGUUGUCGCUGGGGUCGUCACAGGCAUCCUAGUGGCGGAGAUCUUUGACCAGAUCCAGUGGAUCUACAGGGCUAGCCUGAGGUGCUACGUCUACACCACCCUCUCCCUGCUCUCCUUCGCUGUGGGCUUUUACCUGGUCCUCAGGGGCCUGGGGGUGGACCUGCUCUGGACCCUGGACAAGGCCCAGCGCUGGUGCCAGCGGCCCCAAUGGGUCCACAUAGACACUACACCCUUCGCCAGCCUCCUGCGCAACACCGGCACUCUGUUAGGCCUGGGCUUGGGCUUGCACUCGCCCCUCUACGCCGAGGCCCGGAGAGUUGGCGGUGGCGCCACCUACAGGCUGGCAUGUGUGGGCGCCACACUGCUGCUGCUCCACCUACUGGACUCAUUCAGGCCACCAGCCCACACCAGGGCUCUGUUCUACCUGCUGUCCUUCUGUAAGAGUGCCACUGUGCCCCUGGCCACUGUGGGCAUAGUGCCCUACUGCGUGGCCGGGGCAGCGGGACAGAACGGAAAGAAACACCAGUUUUGAACUAAUUCAAACUUAUUGUAAUUCUGUGAAAAAUGCCAUGAUGGGACAGACAGAGGCGGACUGUCAUAGGAGAGGCAGGAAAGUUCACCCCAGUUGAAAGGGCUUGAAGGUCGGUCAAUAGACACUUGUUGCUGCAUGAGGUGGAUGUUUUAUAUUAGAUUUCUUAUUUUAUUUUUUGUCACAUGCACAGAUGUAGUUGCAGUGUACAGUGAAAUUCUUAAGCUCCGAGCUCCAGCAGUGCAGGUGUGAAUGAAACAAUAAAAAAAUAUUAUUAUUAUUAUUAUUAUUAUUAUGUAUACAUGUUUACAACAUGACAAUGGUAAAUAUAAAUGUUCAUUGGGUGAGGGCAGGGUAAUUGUCCGUUGGGGGGGAUAAAAUGUCCAUUGAGAGAUCAGCUGUCGUUUUUCAAUGGAGAAGGGCUGGUGCAGUGCAGUGGUCAUGGACAGGGCUUGCCCUGAGAAAUUAGACAGCAUAAUAAAUCCGUUAUUAGCUCACUACUUGGUUUUCUUUUCAUAUGAUAUGAGAGAAUAUUAUUUUAAAAUUAAAUAUAUAUAUAUUUUUUAUUGUGUACAAUCCACAUGAAUCAUGCUCUAUGAAACAGACACUUUUCCUGUAAAUGCCCUGUGAUUUAUAAUACCCAAUGGCACAUUUUAUUUGACAAUCAAAUAGCAUAAUUAAUAAUCACUUACUGUAGAUAGACCACAGUUCAUUUAUUUGUUAUCGCUCUCAGCCAGAAAAGCCUGUGGAGGAUUCCGUCUUUAGAUUGUAAAAUCAAGAAGCACUCCCAAUCGGUUUGUUGUCUUCAUGAAAUAUUGUUAUAGGGAGAGAAGGAGGGUGAGCAUAGAAUUACAUAUAUACUGAACAAAAAUAUAAACGCAACAAAGUGUUGGUCCCAUGUUUCAUGAGCUGAAACCAAAGAUCCCAGAAAUGUUCCAUACGGACAAAAAGCAGAUUUCGCUCAAAUGUUACGCACAAAUUGGUUUUACAUCCCUGUCAUUGAGCAUUUCUCCUUUGCCAAGAUAAUACAUUCACCUGACAACUGUGGCAUAUCAAGAAGCUGAUUAAACAGCAUGAUCAUUACAC